UUUUUUUUUUCAAAUUUCCAUAUGACAUUUGGACAACAAUUCAACCUUCAAAUAUUUAUCAAAACAAUACUAAUUUGUUUCGCAUUCUUUUGCGACUUGGUCUCUCCUCGUUGUCUCUUCAUCAAACAUGGAACAUUCGAACACUAUUGUCGCGGCUACUAUCCUCAGGAGGUUUCAAUCAAAUAUCGCGAUAAAUUAAUAACUUUUGGCGAGCCUUAUGCGAUCUAUAAAGAAGUCAAUGUGUCCGCCGAAUACUUAAUAUCGUUGAAAUUAUCCGAAUUACAUUCGUGUCCUGUUAUCCGCAGCAGCGGUCCUCAAAGUUAUACCUGUGUGCCGACGGCAACCGAAAUCAAAUUUCUACGUGCCAUGGGUCUGUGUCAUGAAUACAAUUUGCAAAUAGCCGAUGAAUUGAUACGAAAUUGUCUGAAGCAGAAUGGGAGACGGCAUGAAAAUUUCGUUAGUCCGCAGCGACAACUUUUGCAUUACACAUUGGUAACGAAGUUAGAAACCUCUGGCGCGGCGGUUGCUGCUCUUGAUAAUUCUCAAUUAAGUCAAAUGUUCUAUGUGAUGAUGGUUGUAGCUGCUCUGUGCUGCUGCUCCUAUGGCCUUAGGUGAUUUGUGUUUUAAGCCAAAUUGCUGAGCCACUGGCCGAAUUAUUUCUCUUCAUUUCGUCUGUAAUUUCAUUUGAUGUUAAUCUUCUAUCAUUGGCAAAUAUUCAGUGCAUUUGGAUUCGCUGUUUGUUUGAAUUCUCAAUUUUUGUUAAUGCAAUAAAUUGCUGUUAAUUGAAAUGAUUUUGUUUUCCCAAUAAAUUUUAAAACGAAUUUAA